GUAACACUUUAAGUUAUAUAAAGCGAAAAUGAGGGUGGAAUUCAAAAGCGGGAGCGUGAGAGUGGUAUAAUCAUAAUUAAGUCAUAAAUAGUGAGAAUUUGAACGAGUUUGUGAAGCAUAAAAGCGAGAAUGCGUUCGGAGUGUGAUAGCGACACUUGUUAAGAAGAAUUGUGUGACUUAGGUGACAACAGUAACCGAUCAAUAAAAAUACUCUAUUAAAAUAAAGUAGUCUCACAACAGAUUAGUCAAAUUAUUAAUAAAGCCAAUCAAUUUGUUUUAAUAAAGUGCCGCAAUUUCUAAAGUUACCCACGACCCAAUUUUUUCUGGAAGAAAAAUAGAAAAGAAGAAGAAGAAAAGAAGAAGAAGAGGUCUAUGACACUUGGCCAGUUAAAAAAAAAAAAAGGCCCAUUAGGGCACGACCCUAACUCAAGAUAAACAACAACCAACAGGUGCCCAAGUUGAUUCAACCCGACCUAAUUCCCUUCUCUGUAUCUUCUUCUCUCCAGCUUAUAGCUCGAAUAUAGGUCUGUUUGUCAGUCGCUGAGCUCUCUACAAAGCUCAUCAUAAAUCAUCAACCUAGGUCGAUUAUGGUUGGGGGUUGAACCGUUUCUCCAUCAAUAUUUCUGGCUGAGUAUUUAUUUAUUUAUAUAUGAAAGAUUAGGCUUAAACUCCCAGAAUGAGUACCUCGUUGAAGAAGAGUAAGAGUCCAGGAGGUUAUGGAGAGAGUUUUGAUAGAUUCAGCAAUAUUCCUGAUAAAUUUUUCAUGAGAUUCUCCGCCUCUUUCCCAUCAAAGACAUUGCUCGUACCAGUCUCGUCUCCAAAAGAUUCAGAUUGGUCUGUCUGUCUGUCCCAGAUUUGUUUCUUGAUUUUGAAUCGCACGAUCUAUGGAAGGUGGGUUAUUGGACAGGUAAGUUUUUCAAUAUGCAUAAUGGGGCGAAAUUGCGACGUUUUGUUCUGAAGACGAAUGAUGAUGAUACUUAUUAUCAUCGUGCAUGCAAUUGGAUUCUCAAUGCUACGGUGAUUUGUGAAGCGGAAGAGCUCCAUCUAUCAUUUAAAAUGCUGUCGGAAAAAUGCUUUUUUCUAUCACCAUCCACCUUCGUAAGAGUGAUCAGAUUGAGAUUUUACCACUCCAUUCUCAAACUGCCCUCCCCUACAAACAGCAACAGAUUCAGUUCGCUCCAGGUUUUGGACAUAAGAGGCAUAAGACUUGAUCCUCAAAACAUAUCUGAUGAUUGGGUUUCGUCUCUCUUUCCGGUUUUUAAAAAGUUAAAGCUGCAAGAGGUGGAAGAGAUAAGCAAUCUCAGUAUCACAAGUUCUUCUCUUGAAUGCUUAAAAAUAGAGGAGUGUGCCUUUUGCAUAGUAGUUGUGUCUGCCCCUAGACUCCAGAGUCUAGGUGUGGUGAUAUGCUAUACUGAUCGUGAAUUCGACCUGCCACCGGACGAUUUGUUAUUUAGAAUUUAUGCACCCAGCCUUCAAAAAUUCAGUUGGAUUGACGACCAUUAUGUCCUCAAUGGGAGCUCUAUGUGCCUACCAACUGCGAGCAUUGAUGCUCCAAGCAUUAUAUGGAGUUCUGCUACUAACCAAAACGAAAACAAAAACUUGCUUCUGCUUCUUCAAUUUAUAAACCAUGCCAAAUCAGUUACACUAAGCUUCGUUUAUUCAUGCAAGGACUGGUUUACACAAGAUUCGCCACGGUAUAUGUUGGAUAAUGUGCAAAACUUGGAAGUGUUUUGUCAGAAUUUUCGUGAAAUGUCUACAUUGGCCUCCUUUUUUGGAAUAUUGUCUAAUCUGAAGACCCUGACCAUGAGAUGCAUGGACCGUCGAUGUUCUGCAUCAAACAUGUUGUUGGCUUCAGAGACCCAUGAUUUUGAUAUAGAGUACUGGGAGUCUCAAGAUGUUGCAUUUAUUCAUCAACUGAAGGAAGCGAAUAUUAAGGUUCAUCAUUCCGGAUUGGAAGUUGGAUUGAUAAAAUAUUUGAUCAAGCACGCAAAAGCACUAAACAGGAUGACUGUCACUUUUGCAAGCCAUUUUGAUAUUAGUAGAUUAAGGAGGGUUCGAGAAAAGUUAUCAGAAUUCUAUGAGACCUUUUCCGAUGAAACAUUAGAUUUUGUGUUGAAUUGAAGCUGUUAGAAAAUUACUUUUAUAUUAGUUAUAUUUCUGUAAAGUUAGAAUUUCAAGGUAUUAUGAGAACUUAGGUUUACACUUUUUUUUGAGAAGAAUGAUGCUCUACUAAAUUGCACUCAUGUUAUCGACACUUGGAUAGAAAAAAUAUAUUAGCUAAUGUCAUUUUUCAUCAUGAUACAUGCUGGUUUGAUAUAGUAUUACCACUAUGUUUCCAAUCAAUUCCUUUUUCAAUAAAUUUUAUUUUAUUUUUUAUUUUUUUGAUGACUGCUUCUUUUGGAGGGAGUUAGACUAACGUGGACAAAAAAGAAGAAGGAAGAAACUAUCUGGCAAUUUCUGUCUACAUAGAUGAUCGCUACCGACAAAGGAAUUCGGCAAAGAUGCAAUUAUGUGCAUUUGAUGGCAGAAUCAAGGAGACAACUUAUGGGAAAAUUUGAACUGUCACCUAGAUCAUCAAAUUGAUGCCAAUUCAAAUUUGCAUCAACUGAAUCUUCAGGCAAUUUCUGGUGUCUGCUGGCUGUGAUCAGUGUUAAAGAAUGUGUAAUAUGAUAUGUCCUACUCAAAUUUCAGGUUUCUUUGAGGCUGCCUGGCCUUUAUUAAUAAUGGUAUCAUAGUCUUCUUACAAAUGAAGCUGUAGGAUUUGUUAAUCCAGAAAGACCUGCAUAAACUAAUAUAUAGACUAUUCUUAACUUAUAUAUAGUAUAUACUCAGACUUGCGCUCAGUCCUAUUAUGCUUGAAUAAUUAUUAGGAGAAUUAUUUUUAAUUUAAAGAAUAAAAAUCCAAGUAUAUGUUUUUAGAAUAGACCCUUCCCAAGAUUUUCCCUCGUCUUUCAUCUCUUUCCUUCCCUCAUUUUUAAUUUUUCCUUCUUUUGAAUAUUUUCUUCUCCCGCUCUUAGCCUGCCUGCACGUUCAGCCAUACACUUUCUUCUCUCAAUUCUCAGGCUCCCUGUCAACUUCACCCUUACCAAAACCCUAAAUCUCGAUCUAGAAUUUUCGUUAUCGAUUGGCUUGCAAGGCUCGCUCUCUCAAAAACCCUAGUCGCAGCAACAUCAAUUGCCUUGAUUAUGAAUUGUAAUCGUACGCAGAUCUACAGAUUUUGAUUGGUGAGGAAAGUCAGUCUAGCAGCUUUGGGGAUGGAGCAAACAAGUCAACUUCCUCAGGAUUAAGGCAUUUAAAUUUGAAGAAUUCAUUCAAGCUGGGUAUUCAUUCUCUGCUAACAACAUGUUUGAAGGAGACCAGAAAAAACCAAAUUUGGUAAGUGUAGACUGAUGCACCUUCAACCUUGAUCUUAUAUUGGUGACAAGGUUAAUUUAAUGAUGCAAUGAAGACCUGCAGUUGUGUGUGUGAGAGACUGUGCAAUUGGGAUUACAAGGAAUGGGUGAUGUGAUGAUCCAAGUCUGUUCAACUAAAGAAAUUUCAUGCACAAAGCAGAAACGCAUUGAUUGUUCUAUAUAAAGUAUGAAGUAAAGAGAUUCGGAUUAUUUUUUUUUGACAAAUUUAGGUGAGUAAGCCAACUUCCAACAAAUCAUUAUCUCACUAAUUAUCAUUAUUCACUAAUUAUCGGCAUAUUAGAAAGAUGAGGCAAAAUAAAUUGUGACACAAUUAAGUUGAAUCAACGAACUAGAUUACUAGAAUCCAUUAAAUCAACAAAUUAAAAAUAUCAGUUACACUCAUAUAUCAUUGGGAAUAUAUCCUAUUAAAUCCACAAAAUUAGAAAUAGGAAAGUUAAAUUAGAGAGAGCCAAGAGAAGAAGAAUAGAGGAAAAAAAAAAAUAAAAAAAAAAAAAUAAAAGAAGAGGAGACUAGAAAGAGCCAAGAGAGAAGAAUAGAGAAAAUAAAUAAAUAAAUAAAUAAAAACGAAGAGCCUAGACUCGGCUCAAAGAAAAAAAAGAAAAAGAAAAAUGAGCCUAGACUCGGCUCAAAGAAGAAAAAAAUAAAAAAAAUAAAAAGAAGAGCCUAGACUCGGCUCAAGGAAGAAUAGAGAAAAAAAAAUAAAAAAAGAAGAGCCUAGACUCGGCUCAAAGCAGAAUAAAAUAAAAAAAUAAAAAGAAGAGCAAGAGAGUGACUAGAGUCACUAGAGCCGAGAGAAGAAGAAAAACUGAAGAGAAGAAGAAGAAGAAAAGAGAAAAAAAAAAAAUUGCCGAGAACUGAGAAGAGAAGAAGAAGCAAGAAGGAGAGAAGAAGAAGAAGAAGAAGAAGGAGAAGAAGAAGAGAGGGAAGGAGAACUUACCAGGCUUCGGCGCAGAUGCAGAUCUGGCAGAUCCAGUCUUCGGCGCUUCGCAGAUCACUCGAAUUAUAAUGUAGGAGAUCUGGAGCAUGAUCUUUGAAUAGCAAAGAAGAAUGAGAUUCAAUACUUGAUGGGGUAUGCUUGAAUUGCUGAGUAAUCUAAUUAUAUGGUUACCUUUUAAACAACAAUCAUCAUGCUUUCAUGUGGUUGUUCAAUUUAUGCGUAUAGACAGAUAGAAGGUUUGUUGUUAAUUUUUUUAAGUUGAAGGUCAACGAAUUUUUGCAAUGGGACAGCUUUGUAGAUCCAAUCUUUAUAGAAAGCUGUAAAACUUGCACUAAUAUUCAAGGUUUAAAACUUUCAUGUAUGGAUGAUGUGGUGAUAAACAGAUGUACCGUGUAACAUUAGAACUCCAAAACAGACCUGUUUUACCCUGGUUUACGUCUUUAGAUAUAGAAUAAGGUUUAUUGUGAAGGAUGGUGGAAACUUGGGGUCUAAGAAAACAAGAGGCUUUAUUCCUCAUACAACUCAAGUAUAUUCGUAUGGUAUAACGAUGGAGAGUUACUGUUUUAUUUUUUUUCUGGUUAGUAUACCAUAUAUUUUUUAGUAGUUUUUCUUUCAUCUAGAAUCUAUUCACUUUUUUUCUGGUUAAAAAACUGCAUAUUCCUAAUUGCUGACCGGUGCUUUAAAGAACAAGGCACUACCGCUGGAGAACACCAAUAAAUUUUACUACGUCAAUUUUUAUUACUAUUUUUAAAAUUUUCUUUUUGGGUUGUGUUGGCGACAAUCUUGGUCAGUCAUCCUUUUUGAUGCUUGGUUUCUUUGUUUUUUUAAUUAUUUUGGGUGUUUUACCAUAUCACAUCAAACAGUAUAACUGGGUUCUUAUUUUUAUUUAUUUAUUUAUUCUUUCUAUAUUCUAUAUCAUUUAUGUGACUUUUUGGUUCUAUAAAAAUAAUUUUCCUGAAAUAUGGCAAUGGAGUCUACUACAUGAUUGAUUUAUUGAGUGGCGAGCAUCUUAUGUACUAGUUUCCCUAGUGAAAUCCUUUGUAGUUGAAGACGAGGAUGUUGAAUUAUGGCACAUGCAACAGCACUGGGGUUCUGUAAUCCGAAAUUACGUUGAGGCAUCCUUGUUGGUACCUGUAUUAUAACAAGUAAACCUUUUCUUACAUUCUGGAUAUAAUCGGAACCUGAAGUGUACUAGCUUAGAAAUUCAUUUGACAGUUUAUGGAAGCUCUUACAUCAUGCAUCUCACAUUCAUGUGUACCAACAUAAUGUUGUUAACAAAUAUUCUGCAGCGCUUUGUGCACAGUUUGAGAUGCUACUAAAAAUUUGUUGUUCUCAUGAAACUAGGAUUAACGUUAGGUCAUCUUUACAUAAAUUUGAUCCCUUACUGCUGAGAAGCCAUAGGAUCGGUGUUGGUGCAGCUUUCUGGUUUGCUUUUGGAACUUUAGUCAUCUGAAAAAAAAAUGUUGCGUUUGCCAUCUGAACCCGGAUUUAGAUUCUCAUCUUGUACUGCAUCAUCCCUUUGUUCCACUCUUCUGUUUUCUUUCAAACAAAAGUUCCAUUUUGAUUAUUUCAAGUAAAUAAUUGAAAUCAGGUUGAGGGUUGGAUCCCAAGUAAAUCAGGUUGUGAGAUGUAAAUACUACUCGAAAUGAAGUCCUUGCUAAAUAAAUCUAAAACCCUUGGUGAAAGAUUAAGUUGUCAAUUUUGAAAUAUUGAUCAUAGGAGGACACACACACACACACACAAACAUGUAUCCAUUUGAUUUGUGCACAUGAGAAGCUGGUUGGAUCCACCAGUCAGCUAAUUAAAAUUUUAAAAUUUUAUAUUUGGCACGCUUUUCAAUCAUCAUCAUUAUCAACUCUGUAAACAAAUCAAUUGAUUCCUUAUCUUCCCAUGGAUCAACUCUUACUUGCUCCGUUGACAUCAGUUUUGUAUUCUUGUCAUAUUUUAAUUAAUUAAUUAAAGAAGUUCAGAAUUAAUUAAACUACAAAUGGACGGCCUAGAUCAUUCAGUACUCACGUUUACUUUCUCUUUGAAUAACCCACUAAACAUCCCUAAACAAUGUCAUGUAUGUGUUCAUUCACUUCAUGGCCUCUCUAGCUCACCAUCUUCUUUCUCUCUUCCUCUUCAUGACCCUUCUCUACACCUCCAUCAAUGGCAAUUCUGUAAAACCAUCCAACAGUGCCUGCCCUUCUCUCAACUGCGGUAAUGGCCUCGUCAUUGGCUACCCAUUUUGGGCACAAGACCACCAAUCUGAAUUUUGUGGAUACCCAGGUUUUGGCCUCUCUUGUAGUGGCCAGCAACCAUUUCUCCACCUGUCCGGCCAUCUCUACAGUGUCCAAAAUUUUGACUUUUCCAAAAACACCCUCACCGUGGCCUAUAGUGACAUAGUUAACAACAGUGUUUGUCCUGUGGCACCUCAUGGUGUGACAUUAAACACCUCUUCUUUCUUAAACUAUACUAUGGACAAUAAGCUGCUAUGUUUUUUCAAUAAUUGUACACUGUAUCCACCUUCACUUCCAUCUAUAGAUUGUUUACGAUACGGUGCUAAGCGUUCUUUUGUGUUCAUCAUGGGAGCAAUCCCGGAGUUUGAUUGGCAGAGAUAUUGUGAGUCAGCAGUGACCAUUCCGGUGAUUGAAAAGGCAGUGGAUCAUGUUCUUCUGGCUAAUGGUUAUGCAGGAGCCUUGCUUGGUGGAUUCAAAUUAACAUGGCGAAUACCGGACGGUUUGUGCCGAUCAUGUGAGGCCACUGGUGGAUUUUGUGGCUACAGAGAUGGUCUCCAUCAGAAGUUCAUUUGCUUUUGUAGGGAUGGACAACAUUUCUCUAAUUGUCAUGACAAUGGUGGUGUCUCAAUAACAAUUAGACCGAAUUUUAUGGCCAUGGGUGCUAUAAUUUUUGGCAGUUUAAUUAUAGCGUCAACAAUUUUUUACUUCACCCAGAAAAAGAAGAUUGCUUCACAGAAACCAACUUUCAGUCGAAUACCGAGCAGUGGAAAAUGAUAAAUUGUUUUGCAAUUUAAGGAUUCAGAAGCGACUUUUUGUUUUUUGGGUGAAUUGUGAAGGCAACAUAUUAUGCUAGUUCAAGAUGGUAAAUUAAGAAGCUAUAUAUGCGUUUGCCCAGGAAAUAAGAGGGUAUAAGAACA